ACCUGUAGUGACCAUGUGAUCUACAAAACAGCGAUGACCUCUCUUGCUAGCUAGCGGCUGCUAACGUCUCCAAAAGUGUUUCCCACCAUGGACCAGACUAAGCAGGAUGAGGAGGAGUACGGAUACGACCUGUUCCCGGACAGAAACCCGAAAGACAAGAAGGCGUACUUCGGCCAGAGCCUGUUCACUUUCAACCACAAGUGUCGGGUCAUGUUGCAGUUCGCAAUGGAAACCAGUCCUUAUGCCAAACUCCUCCUCAGUGCCAUGAAGAAUUCAGGAUGCAAAAUCUUUAAAGACCGACAUUUCUCCUGCGAAGAUUGUGACGGGACAGUCAGCGGCGGCUUCGAUGCAGCUUCUUCUCAGAUCGUCUUGUGUCAGAACAACAUCCGCCAACAGGCACACAUGAACCGAGUCGUCACACACGAGCUCAUCCACGCCUUCGACCACUGCAGAGCUCACGUCGACUGGUUCAACAACUACAGACAUCUGGCUUGUUCUGAGAUUCGGGCUGCUAACCUCAGCGGAGACUGUUCCUUUUACAACGAAGCUGCCAGAUUCAACUUUGGCUUGAAGGAGCAUCACCAGGAGUGCGUCCGAGGCCGAGCCCUGCGCUCCAUCCUGGCCGUGAGGAAAAUCAGUCGAGAGCAGGCCGAGAAGGUUGUCGACGAGGUGUUCGACUCAUGUUUCAACGACCACGCGCCUUUCGGACGAAUCCCACACAGCAAGAAGGACGCCAAGUUCGCCUACAGAGAUUACGCGAACAGAGAUCGAUAUUAUGCAAACCUUUAGUGUCGUCACAUUCUUUUUUUAAAACUCCUGAAGGUGCUCAGCCUCAACCAAAUGAACUGAGCGUUGAAACCCUUCAGAAGGGAUUCGACCUUGAAGCGAAGGAAGAAGCGCUACAUUUAGCGUUCAACCUUUUGGGACGUUAAUUCUGUGUGACAGGAUUGUAAGAGCUGAUUUGUUUUGCUCUCACCUCAGUGAUUUGUCAAUUAUUUGUAGGUGAUUAAUGGGUGCUUUUGAAGGAAACACAAGAGUUCCUUCGUGUCCAUCAGUGCUUGCUGUGAAAGUGAUUUUUUUUGUUGUUUGUUUGUUGCAACUUUGACCUCCAUUAAAUUCCUGUAAAUACAGCUGGUUGUUCUGACAGCAUCAAACUGUAUUUGAAUUAAAGUUUGAUUCCUCUGUAAAAGUUG